GGAGCAUGACAGACCCGGUUUAAGCUCUCUUAAAGUCAUUCGGAGUACGGUUUUGGAGACCGUUUGGAGAUUCGAUUCGCCACCUGAGGGGUUUACGAUGUCAGGCUCGUUUUGUCGAAGCUUAUACUCCUUCAACGGGGAUCAGCAUCAGCAGGGACUGAAGUUUGAGGCUGGAGAAGUGAUCAGAGUAACGCAAGCUCUGGACGGAGGCUGGUGGGAGGGAGAGAAGGACGGAGUCAAGGGAUGGUUCCCCUCAACUUACGUGCAGCUGGAGAACCUGUCCUCCAUGUCUCCUCUGGACGAGCCGCUGGCCAGAGACUGGAGGUGCUACAUGUCACCGCAGGGACGCAGAUACUACGUCAACACCGUCAGCAACGGCAUCUAUGAAGUUUUCAUGCCCACGUUCUGCAAAAGUCACACUAGCAUUCAUACCAAUAGACACGACAAUGGUCACAGAUUGGAGGAGCGUGACACAGUCCCGUUCUGGCCAGAAGAUCAGUCGCUGCUCAGCACAAACUACUACAAUACAGUAGAUGUCGAGCCCAGUCCCGCGUCCAAACGCUCGCUCGGCGCUCGUCUGAAGUAA